UUGUGCGAUAUUCGGCGGCGGGUCGAGCUUUGGCGGAGUAGAGAGAACCUCUAUGGCGAAGAGGAACAGCUGAGAGAGCGCGGAAAACAGCGCUCCAAAGUCAGUGACGUGAGCGCGUGUGGUGGGCAACGUCAGCGUGAACGUCAAUGGUAAAUUCCAACCCACACGCAAUAUGCGUGUCUUGUUUCGAGAGAGCUACGGGAACGAGCGGGAGACGGUUUACAUAAAGUCGGAAGAUGGUUUCAGCGUGAACGAGGUGAAGUCCGAAUCGACUGAAUCUCAGGAUAUUUAUUUUCGCUUCGUGUCCUUCGUGAAGGAGGUAUUUCUGCCGCAAGGAUACCCGGAUAGCGUGCGUGCCGAUUACCUAGCUUAUCAGAUAUGGGAUACGGUACAGGCUUUUGCCAGCACCAUCAUGGGCACACUCACAACACAUUCUGUAAUGCAAGGUAUAGGAGUUGGUGAAUCGAAUGCUACACCACUAGCAGCAGCGAUAACAUGGAUUCUGAAAAGCGGCACUGGCAUGAUUGGGAGUAUAAUGUUUGCAUGGUGGAAUGGGACUCAGCUGGAUGGGCAAUGCAAGAAAUGGAGGCUGUUUGCAGAUAUCCUGAAUGACAUAGCAAUGGGGCUAGAGUUAAUGGUUCCGUAUUUGUCACCGUAUUCUGUGCCAAUUUUAUGCACAUCGACCAUCAUGAAGUCCGUCGUCGGUGUUGCUGGUGGAGCUACAAGAGCAGCACUGACUCAACACCAGGCAAUACGCAAUAAUUUAGCAGACGUCUCCGCGAAGGACAGCAGUCAAGAGACGUGCGUAAAUUUAAUCGCGUCAUUCGUCGGGAUCUUCGUGCUGUCUUUGUUCCAUGAUGGACGAUACCUAAUAGAAUUAUAUCUCUUCCUGGUGGCAGUCCAUCUUUAUGCAAAUUAUUCGGCGGUUAAAGCGCUAUGUUUAGAUACGCUCAAUGAAGACCGUCUGGCUUUAAUAAUAAAAAAUUAUAUGAUGAACGAGCGAAUCUCUGAGCCGCAAAAGAUUAAUAAGGAAGAAUCGGUAUUUCUACUUGGAAACCCUUCUAAAGAAAUAUGCGGUUUUAACAUAAAAAUUGGCGCCUCGUUUGCAAGUCUCCUUAAAAGAAAUGUGAUUUCAUCUAUGGAGAUGGAAUUCUUGUUAAAAUUUUUCGAAGACAGAAGGUAUUUAAUAACGAUAGAUAUUGAAACAAGAACCAUAUUUAUAAUUCUGAAAAAGGAUAUAAAACCUAUUGAAGUAUUGGAAGGAUACUUUUACGCUUUCAUGUGUGGCCUCUACAUAUGCAUGGCGAAACAAAUAUCGGUCAAUCUGUUGUUGCGUUCCGAAACGUUUGAAAUAUCGUACCCGUUGUUGAACACGUACAUUCUUCACAAGAAGUUUGCAAACUCGAAUAGCAAUGUGCAAUUGUCGAUAGCUAUUCAAAGUGUCUGUGCUACAGACUUGAUAGUCUCUAAUGAGUAUAAAGCGUUCGUUAGCAGUCUGGAGAUGAAUGGAUGGAUAACGGAAACAAAUUUAUUGGGAGUUGGCGCAUGGAGAUUUCGUAUGGGGACCACAUAACGAAAAUAAUUAAAAUGAUUAAAAACCGUUUAACACAAGCAUAUUAAAAUAUUUCCCUCAUGAGGCUAUAAAAAGAUCAUAAUUCUCACGAUAUAACAGUAAGA